UGUGAGAGAUAGCCUAUUUUAGUCAGGGGUUCGCUUCUCCCCUCGCAUUCCAACCUUUCUUAUUAUACCUCCGUGAUACAACAGAGGUAGAGGGGUGGUUAGAAAACUGCAUGUCCCAGAGAUCGCGGCGGCAACCGAACAUGAAUCUAGGCAAGGGGAUCAUGGCAGCGCCGUCAAGCCCGUCAUGUACAGCUCUGGAGCGGUCAAUCCGGGAGCGGGUCCCGACGCUUCUCACGGACCUCUACCAGUUCACCAUGGCAUAUGCCUACUGGCGUUCGGGCAGGCACAACGAGCCCGCCGUUUUCGAACUGUUCUUCCGCGACAACCCGUUCGGCGGCGGCUUCUCGCUCUUCUCCGGAAUGCACGACUGCCUCCUGUUUCUACGGAGCUUUCGAUUCACUGACGAAGAUGUGGAGUACCUGCGUUCCGUGCUGCCCCCAGCCACUGACCCCGCCUUCUUCCUGUUUCUACGGGAACUGGACUGUUCCGGUGUCACACUCCACUCUGUCCCCGAGGGAACGGUGGUCUUUGCCAGGGUGCCUCUGAUGGAGGUGUCUGGUCCUCUGGCUGUGGUUCAACUACUGGAGACCAGCCUGUUGUGUCUGGUCAACUACGCCAGUCUGGUAUGCAGUAAUGCGGCCCGGUUCCGUCUAGCAGCUGGUUCCAGGAGGAAGCUGUUAGAGAUGGGCCUGAGGAGAGCACAGGGGCCUGACGGGGGCCUCACAGCCUCAAGAUACACAUACAUCGGAGGGUUUGACAUGACCAGUAACGUCCAGGCUGGCUUCCUGUUUGGAAUCCCCGUGGCGGGAACCAUGGCACACUCUUAUGUCACUUCCUUUUCCUCCCUGGAGGAGGUGUGGCCUCAGACGCUAGUGGCAGCAAACGGGGAUCAUGACAACAUCGAUCUGAUCUCGCUGACCAAGGGUUGGCUGGGGCGUGUGUGUGAGCUGCUGGGGGCGGAAUCUGGGAACAUCCAUGAGGGUGAGCUGGCAGCCUUCUUGUCCUAUGCCAUCGCAUACCCACACAACUUCCUGCCAGUCAUCGACAGCUACAGUGUCACCUGUAGUGGCCUGCUCAACUUCUGUGCCGUGGCCCUGUCUCUGUUUGAGCUGGACUACAGUCCACUGGGCGUGCGUCUAGACAGUGGAGACCUCUGCAGGCAGUCAGUAGAAGUACGCCAUGUCUUCAGAUUCUGCAGUGAACAAUUCUCCAUCCCUGCCUUCCAGUCCCUUCUCAUAGUAGGCACCAAUAACAUCUCAGAGUACAGCAUGGCCGAACUCAACAAGAAGGAGAAUGAGAUUGAUGUGGUUGGUGUUGGAACUCAUCUGGUCACCUGCACGAGACAGCCUUCACUCGGGUGUGUGUACAAGUUGGUGGAGGUUCGGGGCAGCCCCAGGAUGAAGUUCAGUGAGGACCCAGAGAAGAGUACUGUUCCUGGGAGGAAGGCUGUCUAUAGGAUGCUGGACACGGAGGGCCACCCAUUCUUGGAUCUGUUGUGUUUGUGUGAGGAGCCUGCACCUAAGGCAUGUGUGGCAGUGAGGUGUCAUCCUGUGGUUGGUAACAAGACCUGUCAGUCAAUCACACCUUCUCAGGUCAGCUGUCUACGCCUGGAGGUCUACACUAAAGGACAGAUCACACAGCCACUGUGCAGCACAGCUGAGACCAGGGAGAAGGUUCAGAGCUCCAUCCAGACCCUGCACCCCCGACACAAGAGACUGCAGGAGCCAGAUUCUUACAUAGUGGCCAUGUCUGAGAAGCUCCAUAAUUUAAUUGCUGAGAUCAGGAAAGGCAGCAGCAACAACAGCAAUUUUCUAUUGGCCAACUGAGACACACGGGCUUCAGUCCCAAAUAGCACCCUAUUCCUUAUUUAGUGCACUUCUUUUGACCAGGGCUCUGGUCAAAUGUAAUGCACUAUGUAUGUCAAAAGUAACACACUUAAUAGUGGUAUUAGGUUAUGGUUUAGGACCUAGGGUAGAUUGUGUUACUCUCAGAUAAUAUAAAUGGUAUACUGACACACGGACUGAUGGACUGAUGGACUGACACAAAGACUGAGACACGGACUGAUAGACUGAGACACAUGGACUGAUGGACUGACACAAAGACAGAGACACAUGGACUGAUGGACUGACACAAAGAUUGAGACACAUGGACUGAUGGACUGACACACGGACUAUGUCAAACCUCAACCAAAAGCAGUUCAUUUUGAAAUAAUGCUGGCAUUUUGGAAUACAGUUGACUGACAGCUAUGAGUCGUGGUGUAGUUUUCUAGUUUUAGUUUGGUACAAGAGCUUGACAUGCCUUCCUGAAAACCCAGUGAUCUGCACAAACAAGCAAUGUCUGUUAGUAUACCAGUGUUGGAAUGGGCCUUAACCUGGUUCUACAAUUAGAUAAAUUAACAUUGAGAAUGGUUGAAUAAAUGUCUCUACUAUGAGCAAUAUUAAUUGAUAAGCAAUUUUAAGUUUAGAAAGAUUGAAUGUCUCUUUGUAUGUCCCAGCCUUGUCUUGCUAAUUUAGUUUUUGUGCUUUUCUUUGGAUUACGUUUUCUGAACCAGGCUAUUAUUUACUGUUUGUUUUAAUUA